UUUGUUGAUUUUAUCGCAGCAUCGAUUUUCACAAUUUUACAAUCACUUAUUUUGUGUUUUUUUUUUCCUUCAACAACACAAUCUACUUAAUUUGAUUCCUAAUUGUUCUUCUCAAAUUCCAAUUAUCAAAAAAUACCAUCCAUUAGAUUACCCCUGUUGAUAAAUCUCUUGAUCGUUGCAACUUCGACCACCGCCACCGCAAAGAUUAUGCUGAUGGAUACUAAUUUCUCGGCGUCCAAACCACCGCAGCCAGCGGCGGCGAUGGACAUCGAACAGAUGCCAGAGAAUCCCCACCGUGGUUCCUACCACCGCCGCUCCCUCUCCGACACUUCCUUCCGCUUCCCUAACCUCGAUGAGCUUCUCUUCUUCGAUCCUUUAGAGCUCGACCUCUCGAUUCUCUCUUCCCCUUCUUCUCCUCCUCCCGGCGGCACUGCCAUGGCCGUCGAUUCGUCGUCUAAUUCCAAGUUAUCUAAUGACGCCGUUCACCCUAAGCCGGAGCCGAUUAACUCUGGGUCAUUCGGCGGGCACUUGCGCAGCUUGUCGGUGGAUUCUGAUUUCUUCAAGAAUCUGGACCUCGGCGGUGACGGUGGAUCGAUCGAUUCAUUGGGGAGGAAAACUCCGGCGAGUGAACAGCGGCAAGUUCGUCAUCGACAUAGCUUGUCCAUGGAUGGUUCUUCGUCGUCGUUUGAGGCCGAUUCAACCCUAAUGAUCGAUGGAGUGAAGAAGGCAAUGGACCCGGAAAGACUUGCGGAGUUAGCCCUAAUUGAUCCGAAAAGAGCAAAAAGGAUUCUUGCCAAUAGACAAUCUGCAGCUCGUUCGAAAGAGAGGAAGGUACGGUACACUAAUGAAUUGGAGAGGAAGGUUCAGACUCUGCAAUCUGAAGCUACCACUCUGUCUGCUCAGGUGACAAUGCUACAGAGAGAGACUACUGAAUUAGCCGUGGAAAAUAAGGAACUCAAACUUCGGUUACAGGCUAUGGAUCAGCAAGCACAACUCCGGGAUGAUCUGAGUGAAGCUUUGAAGGAAGAAGUUCAACGGCUUAGAAUAGCAGCAGGCCAGGUUCCAUUGAUCAAUGGAAAUCCUUUCAACCGACCCCCUCAAUAUCCAUCAUCUCGACCGCCUGUACACCAUUUUAGUAGCUCCCACGCUCAGCAGGGUCAACAGCAGCCGUCACCCAGCUUGGCCACAAACCUGCAGCAACCAGAUCCAAAAUGGAUGAACUCGUCCCAGCUUCUCGGUCGCAAUCCCGAUGGCCAAGCAAAACCUUAGAAGAUGUAUGUAUGUACAUGUAAUAUUAUCUAGAAAAAGAGGGUGAUGGGUUAUGGUUUUACAAUCAUUUUCUUGUACAUGAUUCAUAUAUUUCUUAUAUGCAUGAGAAGUUGGUCAUCUAUAGCUGUUACAGAUGUGUUGUUUUAGUAGAAUAGCUUGAGGUAUAAGUGGAUUAUAACUGUAACUGUAGCAUCAUCUUAUGAUUCUGCUGUUGCUUGGUUUCUGUAUGAAGAAUAAACUCAUUGAGUUGUUGAUUUA